UUGUGUUAAUUAAGGGCGCCAGAAGAUACUUAACGAGGCCAGUGGGGAGCCCGAGGGCUUUCUGUGGUUUUCUGAGAGUGGAUUUGCGGCUUUGGUCCUGGAGAAGUGACGGGGUCUCUGCUCCGUGAGUCUGGGAGGGUCCGGUCCCUGCAGCCCGCGGUUCUGUUGCGGACGUUGAAGUUGUGAGGGGCGGUGGCAGGGGACCCCUCCCUCCCCACAAAGCAGGUCCCUCGUGAGGACGAAAUCUAGAGGUGGAGGCGAAAGCAGAAAUGGCCGGUUCUCAGGGACUGCUGACCUUCAGCGAUGUGGCCAUAGAAUUCUCUGAGGAAGAGUGGGGACGCCUGACCCAUACUCAGCGCCAACUCUAUCUGGAUGUGAUGUUGGAGAACUAUGGACACCUCCUCUUCUUGGGUCUCCUUCUAUCAAAGCCAGACCUGAUUAUAUAUUUGGAGCAAGAGAAGGAGCUCUGGGAUGUGAAGAGAAAGGAGACCGGAGGCUUCCAUCCAGCUCUGUCUUCUCAUGAGACCCCGAGUUUCCUGCUACAGCGGAGCAUAGAAGGUUCUUUCCAGAACGGGUCAACUCACAGAUACAAAGAUAGUUCUGUUGAGAUAUUACACUUAAGCACAGACUGGGAUAGUGAUGGGAAGAAUGAAGGGCAGCAAAGAAAUCCUGGACGAUACACCAAAGCCAAGGAAUUGCCCUUAAUGAGAAUCUCACUUCCCCAAAUGGUGAAGGAUAUAAACCGCUGUGGAAAACCUUCCUUUUGA